GCAGGGACACUAUCCCAAAGGAUCUCAUAGAUAUGGCGUUUUUCGUGCAGACUAUGAAUACCUGGGACAGAUCAUGGGAAUCUGAUCCAUGUAGCUUCGCUAUGGUUGUACAUAAGGAUUUUUCUGACUUCAACAAGUUUAACCUUUCAGACUGUGCCGUCGAUUCUCAUCGUGCUCCUCUAGCUUUGGAUUGGGGAAUUGGAAACAUUAGCUGCCAUGAAGCUAUCAAAAAUGGUACUUGUAUAUGUGGGCAAAACAGCGAGUGCAUAAAUUCAAGUAGAGGGGUGGGAUAUUCAUGCAGAUGCCUCACAGGUUAUCAAGGAAAUCCUUAUCUCCACGAUGGAUGCCAAGAUAUCAAUGAGUGUGAAUCUCCUGAAAAGAAUGAGUGCCCCCAGGAGGCUCGCUGCGUUAAUACUCCAGGCAGCUACCACUGCACCUGUCCACCAGGUUACCACAAAGGGAGAAAUUUUGGUCCAUCAUCACCACAUGCAUGCCUGCCAGAUAGAGCGAGACGAGCAAUGCUUAUGUUCAUUUCUUUAGGGAUUGGACUGGCAGCUGGCUUUCUAAUCUUGGUAUCAAUCUUCAUUUGGGUGCACCGUAAACUUAAGAGAAUAGAAGAAGAGAAAGCCAAAAAGAGGUUCUUCAAGACAAACGGUGGAUUGUUGCUACAACAGCAACCAUCUUCAAGUCAGGGAAAUUUAUCAGAGACAAAGCUUUUUGUCACACAAGAGCUGGAAAAGGCAACAGACAAUUUCAAUGAAAGUCGUAUUCUAGGCCAAGGAGGACUUGGUACCGUCUACAAAGGAAUGCUAUCAGAUGGUACUAUUGUCGCCGUGAAGAAAUCAAACAAAAUUGAUCAGUGUAGAGUGUCACAGUUUAUCAAUGAAGUUGUCAUUCUCUCACAGAUAAAUCACAGACACAUAGUGAAAUUAUUAGGUUGCUGUUUGGAAACUGAAGUUCCAUUGCUUGUUUAUGAAUAUGUGUCAAAUGGCACCCUUUCACAACACCUUCAUGAUGACCCUGGUGCCGGAAUGAUCAAUUGGGAGAAUCGUCUGCGUAUUGCAGCGGAAGUUGCAGAAGCGCUUGCUUAUUUGCACUCGUAUGCUUCUACAGCCAUUUUCCACAGGGAUAUAAAGUCAAGCAACAUAUUGUUGGAUGAGAACUAUAGGGCAGUGGUCUCAGAUUUCGGGCUUUCGAGGUCAGUGCCUAUUGAUAAAACACACUUAACUACGCUAGUCGGAGGCACAUUUGGUUACUUAGACCCAGAGUACUUCCGGUCAGGGCAACUCAACGAUAAAAGUGAUGUUUACGCUUUCGGCGUAGUUCUUGCCGAACUUUUAACAGGGCAGAAGGCUGUUUCUUCAGAUAAAUCGGAUGAAGGUCUGGUUAUUCGGUUUAGAGAAGCAGUAAAGGAGAAUCGAUUAUUUGAAACUCUGGAUAAAAUGGCUGCGGAUGAAGGACUAGAAGAGGAAAUUCUUGCUGUUGUUAGGCUUACCAAAAGAUGCCUAAAACUCAAUGCGAGGAAAAGGCCAAGCACGAGGGAAAUAGCUACUGUACUUGAACAAUUGAGGAUAAAAGAAGGGUCAAUUGCUAGAGAAAGUUUACAGGAUGGUUAUUGCUCCCUGAGUGAAAGAUCUUAUUGCUGCAAUGUUGAUUCCAUUACUGAAGAUAGCCUAGAGUAGUUUUAGAUGCACUCAUGGAAGUUUUCUUUGUUUCUGAUUCUUGUGUAACUACAGAAAAAUGCUUGUGCUUUUUUUUUUGAUUAGCUUUAUGUUCUGUUUGACAAAUAGGUUCUCAUGAUCCCUCAACCCCCCUUCUCCCCCAAAAAAACUGU